CUACCCAAAAACAUACCAAUGAGCAAACAUUUUUAUCUGGCAACCUUGUAUUGACACAUUUUAGCAGCCUUUCGCGCGCCGUUUACAAUUUUAUCUUACUUUACGCUUGUUACAAUCGUUUGGUUUUGUUUAGUAAAAUUGAUAUUAAUAAAAGCCUUUGCUAACAUACUAUAUCUCAAAACUUUUAAAAUCUUACUUGGUGUGCACAUUUAAGCAUCUUCGACAAUGGGACUAUUAGAUUUAUGUGAACAAUACUUUGGCGAACGGGAUAUUUACAAGCUAUUGGAUUUGGAAAAGACAGCUCUACCCAAGGAUAUAAAGAAGGCAUAUUAUAAAUUGUCGCUACAAGUCCAUCCAGAUAGAGUCAAGGACGCCGACAAAGCCAACGCCACAGAAAAGUUUAAAGUGUUGUCGAAAAUAUAUCAAGUACUGUCCGACAAAGAUAAACGCGCUUUAUACGAUGAGCAAGGAGUUAUUGACGAUGAGGAAGAUAUGGAAGGCAAGCUCAGUUCAUGGUUAGACCUUUGGAGAAAAAUGUUUAAGCGAAUUACUGAUGAAGAUAUUACAAAUUACCAAAAGUCUUACAUUGGUUCUGAGUUGGAGCGAAACGAUAUGAAAAAGGCUUAUUUGUCUAGUAAGGGCUGCAUUAAUCAAAUGAUGAACGAGGUGCCAUUCCUGAACGUAGACGAUGAGCCGCGUUUACAGAAGAUAAUACGUGAAAUGAUUGACGCCGGUGAAGUACCUGAAUAUAAAAUAUUUACGAACGAACCAGCUAAUAAACGUCAACGCCGUCAUAAGAAAUAUGCUCGAGAAUCGAAGGAAGCAGAGGAGAUUAAACAAAAAAUGCAGAAUGAAAGCAGUUUGGAAAAACAAAUUAUGGAGCGUAAUAAGUCACGCGAAGAUGGUUUCAACUCUCUCAUGGACAAGUUGAUGGAAAAAUAUGGAGGAGAAGACGAUUCGGAAGUAUUUGAAAUACGUGGAAAGAAAUCCAAAUCUAAGAAGAAAGCAAAUGGCACUCCAGUGAAAGUGAAUGGAGUAAAAAAUGGUAGGGUCAACAAAAAACGCAACUAAUGUUGGGGUUACAAAUAAUUUUCGUAUAUUUAUAUUUUAUGCGGGGGUCAAAAUGAAUUUACAUUGAAUGCCAAGACUGUAUCGAGCAUAAUUAAAACUGUGUAAUUUAAAAAAUUUUCGUCAUUAAAAAUUUAAUAAAUAAAAUAGUAAAGAUUGCGUAAGGA